AUGGACGUUGAACUCCCUCAGGAUCCAAGGUCACCUCCACUCCUGCCAGACGACCAAGGCCUCAAAAUAUGGAGCUGCAUUACUUGUCGUCGCCGCAAAGUCAAGUGCGACAGGAAAGAUCCAUGUGCAAAUUGCAUUCGAAACAAAAUUGAAUGCCACUUUCCCGUCACCGGUAGACUACCCAGGAGGAGCCGCGAUCCUAAUGCUUGGAAGUCACCAGCCCAUAAACAGUCAGAGCUGCUUGGCCGUUUGCGACGGUUGGAAAACCUGGUGACUGAAUUAACAGGUCAGGUUGAAGAUCGUCCGAGUGAGCAGCUGGAUAGCCGUCAGUUUAUGGAGCUGGCUUCAUCACAUACUGCUAGACAGCUUCCACUUGACCAGAGCCAAAUCAUGGAUGGGUCUGUAGGCAGCUCAGGAUCAGGGGUACCGGAAUCGUUGGUUGGGGAAGCAUCCACAGACUCACAGACGAGUGGUGAAAUAUAUGAGGAUUUUGGAAGACUUGUUAUUGAACGAGCGGGCGCUUUACAAGUCGACAAAGGGUUUUGGUCGAUAUUUUGUGAUGAGGUCGAACACAUAUUUCAAGCUAUUCAUGACGACUCAUACGCCCAGCAGGACGAACUGCCACGACCCCAGACAUCGCAAAGCGUCAACAGGUGCGACUGUCACUGCCAGGGGUUUGUAUUUGGAGGACCGCAAGGCGAGCCUCGCUCACUUUCAACCGCUUCUCUGGAUGAUUUGUCGCCGCUACCCUCGCAGAUGCUCUACAUUUGGAAGUCCUACGUUGAAAAUGUCGACCCGUUCAUCAAGAUCCUUCACAUACCGGCUAUGGACACCAUCAUCUUCAAACUCAGGGCCAAAUUCAGUUCCCUCGGCCCUAAUAUGGAAGCGCUUCUGUUUGCAGUUUCCUUGGCCGCAGUUGUCUCUUUUGAGGAGGAAGAAGUCUCCGAUAGUUUUCGAAUCCCAAAAGCUCAACUUACAUCCCGUUUCAAAUUAUGUACGGAGCGAGCACUUUCUCAUACUCAGUUCUUGACCAGCAACGAUAUCGUCGUAUUUCAAGCAUUCGUUAUAUAUGUCGCCAUACUCCCUCACAUAGGAGAACAGAAACUCGCCUCAUCCUUAACAGGAAGUUUAGUGCGAGUGGCGGGCUCACUCAAACUGCAUAUUGAUCCAGAAAGCGACAAGCAGAAAACGCCCCUGAAUGCAGUUGAGCUGGAAUGUCGUCGACGGCUAUGGUGGCAGGUGUGCUUUCUAGACUCCAGAACCAGAGAUGCGAGACUGCCGGACUUGUCUAUUUCAGAAUCGUCAUUCGAUACGAAGCUUCCUGCUGAUGUUGACGACGCACAACUUCGAACGGAUAUGUUGAGAGCAGAUGUGUCGACUUCGUGCCCGACUGGGAUGACACUGACCCUCAUCCGAUGUGAAAACUGGUUGCUUUACCGGUCUAUUCGUCGGCAAUUAGACGCCUCAAUGGAUACGCAUUUAGCUAUACUCAGAGAAGCGCAGGCCAAGAUUGAAACAAAGUAUAUACAGUCGCUUCGGCCAGAUAAUGACUUUGACAACCUUGUCAAGACAAUGGCACACUUAUUCUUCGCCAAGAUUGAGCAGGGCAUUCACCGUCAUUACUUGAGACAGUCAGGUGCAAACGCAAGGAGACGCCCUACCUACGAUCCGAAACUCCUCGCCAUUUUUUUCAACUCGUCCAUUGCUAUUCUAGAAGCAAUGCACAAUCUGAGAACGAACCCUUCUUGGAAAAGGUGGCAGUGGCAGCUCCAGGGUCAAUUUCCAUGGCACACUGUGGGAGCAGUGUUUAUUCAAAUCUGCCAUUUGCCAUGGACACCAGUAUCUGAAAGAGCUUGGGACCUGGCAAGGAAACUGGUUGAUGAGCUUCCUCCCGAGUCUAGGAAAGAGAUUCUGUGGGCUCGUUUGAACAAGCUUGCUGCUAUGGCGGCUGCACAUAGAGAUUCACAAAUGGCAAAGGCGGAUGGUUCCAAAGACGAUACCACUCGUCCUUCUGGGCCUGAACUCAGCAGUGCAGAGCUACCGCCAGGGGCGGGUGAAACGCAUGGUAAUGGUUUCGCAUCUGAAGAGAUAUCCAAUGUGCCAUUCAGUGAUAAGACCGAUCAGGCUAUGUCUUGGACGAGAAGUAAUGACACCAUCUCACUUGAGUUUUAUGACGAUGCUACGUUCUCGGCAUUAGUAGGCGAUGGCUUACAAAACGAGGCGAGGUCCAACCUCUUGAUUGGCAUGACUGAUGUGCCAGCGGAGUGGCAGGAUUGGGAUGAUUUGAUAAACAUGGACUUAUUCUGA